CGCUACUCCUGCUCGCGCAGGGUGAGUGCGAAUUGCGAUGGACAUCGAGAAGCUCGAGGCCGCUGCUGCGGCGCAGGGCACGACGGUCAAGUCGCUGAAGAAUUCCGGCGCCGGCAAGGAGGAGGUCGAGGCCGCUGUCGCCGGCCUCGUCGCCGCCAAGAAGGCGCUCGCCGACGCCAUCACAGCAGCGCUGGCGGCGCUGCCAGAGGGCGCGCCAGAGGCGGAGGCGCUCAAGGCGAAGCUGCCGCCGCCGCCCAAGCCGAGCAACAAGGACAAGAAGGCCGCCAAGGACGGCGACGCCGCCAAGGAGGCGGCUCGCAAGGCGGCCGAGGAGCAGAAGCUCGCCGCGAGAGCCAAGAAGAAGGAGGCGGCGGCGGCCAAGGGUGUGAAGGAGGGCGGCGGCAAGGGCGGGCCGGCAGGCAAGGGCGCGGACGGCGCCAAGCCGGACGGCGCGGCCAGCAAGGCGCCGGCGGCCAAGCCGAACGGCAGCGGCGCUGCGGCCGCCGCGCCGGUGCAUGCCAAGCCAAUGUCAAAUAAAAACUACGAGUUGCACUUUGGAGCGGCGGCGCCGCCGCUGCUCGCCGUCGUCGCUGCGCGGCUCGUGCGGCAGGAGGUCGCCCUCCGCCGCGUCGACCCGAAGGCUCUCCCCUCCGGCUGCGACUCUGUCCUCUACCUGCCGGGCGGCUCCCGCUCGCUGCGCGGCUGCGGCGCAAUCGCGCGCUACUUUGCUCGGCUCGCGCCGCCGGAGCUCGGCGCGUACGGCGCUGCGGGCGACGCCCUCUCCGCGAGCGAGGUGGACGAGUGGAUCGAGCGCUCCUUCGUGACGGGCCACGCCGCCUCCCUCGCGGACGCCGCCGCCUGGCUGCUCCUGCGCCAGCUGCCUGCGCCAGACAAGGCCUGCUCCGGCGCGGGAGUGCACGUCGCCCGCUGGUGGGGCUGCGUCGAGGCGCACCCCGCCCUCCCAGCUGGGCGCGGCUGCGCGGGGCGCCUCUUCACGGGCGUGUGGCGGUGUGUUCAGGCCCUGCCCGCCUUCAAGGAGGCCGCGCAGCUCCUCUUCGGCGCCGCAAAGGACGCCGGCUCGCUCGAGAUCCCGCUGCCGAACGCGGAGCGGGGAAAGGUGGUGACUCGCUUCGCGCCGGAGCCGUCGGGCGACACCCGCCGCCGGCCAGGCCAGGGCUUCGGCUGGACACGUCCGCGACGCGUCCGCGGCACCGCGUGCGUAGGCCACCUCCACAUCGGCCAUGUCAAGGCGGCGAUGCUGUCGGCGCACUUUGCGACGCAGUAUGAGGGCAAGAUGAUCCUGCGGCUGGACGACACCAACCCGUCCAAGGAGAAGGGAGACUACGAGACGGCAGCCCCGCCGCGACCUGCGCCGGCGCGAUGGGGCGGGCGGCGGCUCUUCACGCCUCCAGCCGACGGGGUCGCCUUCAUCGACCCCUCGCCCAAGGAGGAGCAGCAAGCCCUCCGGCUGCAGCGCAAGCCCUCGCCGCACCGCGACGCGGCUGUCGAGGAGAACCUCCGCCUCUGGGCCGAGAUGCAGGCCGGCUCCGCCGAGGGGGAGGCCGAGGGGCGGGCUCUCCUCACGCGCGCGAGCACGCGAGUAGGCGCGCUGCGCGACCCGACCAUCUUCCGGUGCAACCUCGAGCCGCACCACCGCACCAAGGACAAGUACAAGGUGUACCCGACCUACGACCUCGCCUGCCCCAUCGUCGACGCGUGGGAGGGAGUGGACCUCUGGGGCUUCUCGCGCAUCAACUUCGUCAAGACCCUGCUCUCGAAGCGGAAGCUGCAGUGGCUGGUCGACGAGGGCCGCGCCGACGGGUGGGACGACCCGCGCUUCCCGACGGUGGCGGGCAUCCUGCGGCGCGGGAUGACGGUGCAGGGGCUCAAGGCGUUCAUCCUGUCGAUGGGCGCCUCCAAGAACACGAACCUGAUGGGGUGGGACAAGAUCUGGGCCUUCAACAAGGCGGUCAUCGACCCGUCCGUGCCGCGCUACACGGCGCUUCUCGCCGACGGGCUCGUCCCGCUCUCCCUCGAGGGGGCUCCGCCCGCCCCGUUCGCAGAGACGAUGGCCGCCCACCCGAAGGACGAGUCGCUCGGCAAGAAGGUUCGCUUCUUCGGGCCGACGGUGCUGCUGCAGGCGGAGGACGCGGCGCUGAUCGCCGAGGGGGAGGAGGUCACGCUGAUGAGCUGGGGCAACGCCAUCGUGCGCAAGGCGGUGGCGGAGAACGGCUCGCUCAAGCGGCUAGAUGGGCAGCUGCACCUCGAGGGGUCGGUCAAGAGCACCAAGAAGAAGCUGACUUGGCUCGCCGACACGCCAGACUUGGUCGACGUCGAGUUGGUGGAUCUCGACUUCCUGCUCACAAAGGACAAGGUCGAGGAGGAGGACGACAUCAAGCAGGUGCUCAACGACCACACCAAGUUCGUGCACCGCGGCCGCGGCGAGGCGGCCAUGCGGCAGCUGCGCCGCGGCGACAUCCUGCAGGUCGAGCGGCGCGGCUUCUACAUCUGCGACGAGCCGUACGUGCGGCCGGGCGACCCGAUCCGCCUCCUCUUCGUGCCCGACGGCAAGAGCUUCUUCGGCGUGCCACCGCCCAAGAAGUGA